AUGCAAUGUGCCAUAUGCUUUCAUUACAGUGUAGUGACAAAAUAUUACCAGCAUGUCCUAGCCUUGGUGUUUGCAGUGAAGGAGAUUAAUGAGGAUCCCAAGAUCUUACCAAAUGUUACAUUAGGAUUUAAUAUCUAUGACAGCUACUUCAAUAAAAAGAUGACCUACCAAACUACCAUGAACCUUGUUUUUAAAGUGAAGGAAAUGAUACCAAACUACAAGUGUGAUAUAAAGAAGAAUCUGAUAGCUGUCAUUGGGGGACUUGACUCUGAAACCUCCCUUUGCAUGGCUACCAUCUUAAGCACCUAUAAGAUUCCUCAGAGUAUGAAAACCCAGUUCCCUUUCAACUACCGUGUGGUUCCCAAUGAAGAGUAUCAGUACCAUUUGAUUACCCAAUUACUUCUGCAUUUCCAGUGGACAUGGGUUGGGAUUGUUACAUCGGGCAAUGAUAAAGGAGAGAAUUUUGUGCAGACCUUGGUUCCAAAGCUUUCCCAGAAUGGAAUCUGUUUAGCUUUUACUGACAGAAUGCCAUCCCUUACAGACUUUUCUGAAUUACUUAAUGAGGACCGUACAAGAAGGGAUAUGGCAUUCUUUCUUAAAAACCAAAAAGCAAAAGCAGUAAUUGUAUUUGCAGAAACUUUAUCUAUACUUCAUUUGAUAUUCUUGCUGUAUCAAAUACAAACAGCAAAUAUGGUAGAGACUCUAGGAAGAGUAUGGAUCUUGACAGCUGAAUGGGACUUUCCAGCAGUACAGUUGUACAGAAACUGGAGUAUAGAAGUCUUUCAGGGAGCCUUGUCUUUUGCUGUUCAUACCAAUCAGAUAGAGGAAUUUCAACAUUUCCUUCAGUCUUUAAAUCCUUACUCACUCCGUGGAGACAGUUUUAUCAAGGACUUCUGGGAGCAGGCCUUUGACUGCUUACUUUCAGAUUCCCAGGAGUUUGUAGAGAGCAAUGGAACUUGCACAGGUCAGGAAAAGCUGGAGAGCCUUCCAGGACCAUUUUUUGAAAUGAGCAUGACUCCCCAAAGCUACAGUAUAUACAACGCUGCCUACGUGUUAGCCCAUGCUUUACAUGCAAUGUAUGCAUUGAAUCUGAAGCACAAAGCAGUGGCAGCACUUCCAAACUCACAACCAUGGCAGCUUCAUCACUUCUUGAGGAGAAUCUUUUUUAAUAACAGCAUUGGUGACCUAGUGUCUUUGAAUGAGAAAGGUGAAUUAGAAAGUGGAUUUGAUAUUAUAAACUGGGUUACUUUCCCAAAUGGAUCUUUCAUGAAGGUGAAAGUAGGGAGGAUGGAUCCAUGGGGAGGCAGACAGUUCACCAUUAAUGAGGAUAUCAUCACAUGGGACAAAGUGUUUAAGCAGAUACCGCCUUCCUCUGUGUGUAAUAACGUGUGUCAUCCUGGGUUUGUGAGAAAAAAGAAGGAGGGGGAGCCAUUCUGUUGCUACGAUUGUGAUGCAUGUGCACAAGGGAAGAUUUCUAACCCAAAAGCGAUGGACAAAUGUAUAAAAUGUCCAGAAGAUCAGUAUCCAAAUGAAGAGCAAGAUGGAUGUCUCCCCAAGAUCUUACACUUUCUUUCUUAUGAUGAAAAGUUGAGCAUCACUUUAGCUUUCAUGGCAUUUUCAUUUUCUGUGCUCACAGCUUUGAUGCUAUCAAUAUUCAUUAAAUACCAGAAAACUCCCAUUGUCAAAGCCAACAAUCGUGGCCUCACAUUUACUCUGCUCCUCGCCCUCUUGCUUUGCUUCCUCUGCUCCUUGCUGUUCUUUGGAAAGCCUCAUUCAGUGACCUGCCUUCUAAGGCAAACAGCUUUUGGCAUCGUCUUCACUGUGGCUGUUUCUUCUGUGUUGGCAAAAACCAUCACAGUGAUUUUGGCAUUCAUGGCCACACGACCAGGAUCCAGGAUGAGGAACUGGGUGGGGAAAAGACUGGCAGCUUCUAUUGUUUUCUCCUGCUCCCUCAUUCAAGGAUCUCUUUGUACUGUGUGGCUCCUUACUGCUCCUCCAUUCCCACAUUUGGACAUGGACACUUUGGCUAAAGAAAUUGUGGUUGAAUGUAAUGAAGGCUUUGUCCCUAUGUUUUAUUCUGUUCUUGGGUACCUUGGAUUUCUGGCUCUUGUCAGCUUUGUUGUGGCUUUUCUUGCUAGGGACUUGCCCAGUACUUUUAAUGAAGCCAAGUUCAUCACUUUUAGCAUGUUGGUGUUUUGCAGUGUGUGGGUCUCUUUUGUGCCAACUUACCUGAGCGCAAAGGGAAAAUACAUGGUGGCUGUGGAGAUCUUCUCCAUCUUAGCCUCUAGUGCUGGUUUAUUGGGUUGUAUAUUUGCCCCAAAAUGUUAUAUAAUUUUAUUGAGGCCUGAGCUGAACAGCAAGGAGCACUUAAAACGGAGAAAGAAUGUAGUGACAAAAUAUUACCAGCAUGUCCUAGCCUUGGUGUUUGCAGUGAAGGAGAUUAAUAAGGAUCCCAAGAUCUUACCAAAUGUUACAUUAGGAUUUAAUAUCUAUGACAGCUACUUCAAUCAAAAGAUGACCUACCAGACUACAUUGAACCUUCUUUUUAAAGUGCAAGGAAUGGUACCCAACUACAAGUGUGAUACAAAGAAGAAUCUGAUAGCUGUCAUUGGGGGACUUGACUCUGAAACCUCCCUUUGCAUGGCUACCAUCUUAAGCACCUAUAAGAUUCCUCAGGUCUCUUAUUUCUUAUUUGGUUCCUCUCAGAGUAUGAAAACCCAGUUCCCUUUCAUCUACCGUGUGGUUCCUAAUGAAGAGAAUCAGUACUAUUUGAUUAUCCAAUUACUUCUGCAUUUCCAGUGGACAUGGGUUGGCAUCGUUACAUCAGGCAAUGAUAAAGGAGAGAAUUUUAUGCAGACCUUGGUUCCAAAGCUUUCCCAGAAUGGCAUCUGUUCGGCUUUCACUGACAGAAUGCCAUCCCCGACAGACUUUUCUAAAUUGCUUAAUGAGUACCAUACAAAAGGGGAUAUGGCCUGCUUUGUUAAAAACCACAAAGCAAAAGCAAUUAUUGUAUUUGCAGAAACUUUAUCUAUGCUUCAUUUGAUAUUAUUGCUGUAUCAAAUACAAACUGUGAAUAAGGUAGAGACAUAUUUAGGAAGAGUAUGGAUCUUGACAGCUGAAUGGGACUUCCCAGCAGUACAGUUUAACAAAAAAUGGAGUAUAGAAGUCUUUCAUGGAGCCCUGUCUGUUGCUGUUCACACCAAUCAGAUAGAGGAAUUUCAUCAUUUCAUUCAGCCUUUAAAUCCUUACUCACUCAGUGGAGACAGUUUUAUUAAGGACUUUUGGCAGCAGGCCUUUGACUGCUUACUUCUGAAUUCCCAGGAGUCUGUAGAGAGCAAUGGAACUUGCACCGGUCAGGAAAAGCUGGCGAGUCUCCCAGGACCAUUUUUUGAAAUGAGCAUGACUCCCCAAAGCUACAGUAUAUACAAUGCUGCCUACGUGUUAGCCUAUGCUUUACAUGCAAUGUAUGCAUUGAAUCUGAAGCACAAAGCAGUGGCAGCACUUCCAAACUCACAACCAUGGCAGCUUCAUCACUUCUUGAGGAGAAUCUUUUUUAAUAACAGCAUUGGCGACCAGGUGUCUCUGAAUGAGAAAGGUGAAUUAGAAAGUGGAUUUGAUCUUAUAAACUGGGUUACUUUCCCAAAUCGAUCUUUCAUGAAGGUGAAAGUAGGGAGGAUGGAUCCAUGGGGAGGCAGACAGUUCACCAUUAAUGAGGAAAUCAUCACAUGGGACAAAGUGUUUAAGCAGGCCUAA